GGGGAGAAGAGGAGUUCCUGAGUACGAAUUGCGCAUGCGCGGCAGACAGCCUCCUCCUUUCAUUAAAGAGGGAAAGCGGGUUCAACACAGCGAUUCCGGGAUUGAAGCGCAUGCGCUUUAGUUUCUUUUCCCAAGGGUCCGGCUUAGUGAAGCUUCGGAUGGAAACGAGUACAAGACACUAGGGUUCCGUUGCAAGGCUUAAAAUUUUAUAAAUCUGUCAUUCGGUCCCACUCUGGCGGGUUUUCAGGUCACCUUCUUUGGGGACGUAGAGUGGGCCUCGGGGCGGGGACUUUGUGGAUUUGGAAAGUGCUUUCUGCAGAGUUUCCAAGUCCAACUCAAGAAAUCUCUGGGGACUUUGGGGGUGGAGCCAGGAGCAAGGGUGUGACAGGCAGAAUAGUCUAGCCAUCACGUUUAAAGGGACCGCACGCCUUUUAAAUGCCUUCUCUCUAUUUGGAAAUAAUGAAGGAUAGGGGCACCUUUUUCUGGGUCUCUUAGUAUUGGACCCCCUGGUCCACUCUUUUUGAAACUUGGAGAGUAUUUUGGGGGAAGGCACUGGAUGCUAUGCUAAAAAUUUGGUGCCUCUACCUCAAAAAACAGAACCCCAAGCUCCAGAUACUUGCAGAUCAAUUUUGCAUUGGGACUCAGUCUCCAUAGGGAAUAAUGGGGUGCCCAGCAGAUAUUUUCCUCCCCGCUUUCUGAUAACCGGAGGAAUCCCCUGCUCCCGCCUGGGGAUUGGCAACCCUAGUUGUGGAUUUGAAAGGGGAGCCUUUAGCGUGACGGACCACACGUGGUACAUGGAAGGUAAAGCUAUCCGAGGGCUCCACCGUCGCCGAUUCCUCUCGAGCACGAGUUUAGGUGGUAGUUUGGCAGUGUACUAAAAUAUGGCUGGGCAAAUAUCGGAAUCCGAUCAGAUCAAGCAGUUCAAAGAAUUUCUUGGGACGUAUAACAAACUGACGGAAAACUGCUUUCUGGACUGUGUGAGAGAUUUCACUAGCAGAGAAGUCAAGCCAGAAGAGAUGACCUGCGCAGAGCACUGCUUACAGAAGUACCUAAAAAUGACUCAGAGGAUAUCGAUGCGAUUCCAGGAGUAUCACAUUCAGCAGAACGAAGCGUUGGCUGCCAAAGCUGGACUUCUCGGCCAGCCUCGUUAAGGAAGGAGCGUCGGCGUUUGUUGCGUUGCACGUAAAGGUGCAUUUGUCACAACAGGCGCAGUUGGGAACGCCCACCGGCUCGGAACGGAACAGCUCAGGGACCGAUCGAGACGCAGAAACCCUCAGUGGCCGCCGCCACCGCCGCGUGCAACCGUGGCGCCGAUCGAGCCUGUUCCUAGAGCGUCCUCUUACCGUGCAGUGGAAUGAUGCUGAUAACUGCCUUCUCUGGAGACCUGCGGACUGGCUCUGCUACUUCCGGGGCUCGAGAGGGGGGAGGGAGCAACCCAGUGGGUCGCAUCCCACAACUCCACUCACGGUAUCGCCCUCCUCCGUUCCCGACAGCCUCCUUCUGGCACGGUUGCAAGCAGAGCAGCAGGGUGCGACCCACCGUUCCGUCACCUUCCCCCCCCCCAUAACGACGACGACUGUUCGUUUUGGAAAGAGGCGUGUUCGCUCUGAGAAUUAAAUCCCAAAGUGUCUAAAGCGACGUUUAUUUUUUAUUGGAUCAAAGUGAAAUAAAUGGAAGUGACUGUU